UCAAACCCCCCUAACCACUUUCCCGAAAAAUUAGAAACUCUCGCUCCAGCUAAAACCCUGCUCUCGAUCCCUCAUCAAUCUUCCUCACUCUCACCACCAUGGGCGUGUACACGUGUCCUAGGGUUUUCACCUCCUCCUCCUCCUCCUCCACCUACUGCUGCCGCCACCACCCCGACCUCGCCACCCGCGCCGCCGUCAAUCCCCGCCCCGGCUUCGCCGCAGGCCGCGUCGACUCUCCGGCGCCGUUUCACGGCCUAUCGUCACUCAUUCUCCGCUUCCCUCCCAACUUCGUCCGCCAGCUCAGCACCAAGGCCCGCCGCAACUGCAGCAACAUCGGCGUCGCGCAGAUCGUCGCGGCUUCGUGGUCCAACAAAGACUCCGACCUUUCGGCGGUGCCGGCGGCUAGUGCCGUCGAUGCCGCCGCCACCGCCGCCGAUCUGGUCGUCCCGGCCCAGAUCGGGACCGAGGAUGACCUGGCGGCCGUGGAUGCGGAGUACGCCGUGUUUGGGAACGGUGUACAGUUAGGAGGCUUGCCUGAUUUGAAGGACGCCUCGUUUUUAAGCUCCGAUGGGAGCAUCGCAAUUCAUGCCGGUGAAAGAUUGGGUCGCGGUAUAGUGACUGAUGCAAUUACAACCCCGGUGGUUAAUACUUCUGCUUACUUUUUCAAGAAAACUGCUGACCUCCUUGAUUUCAAGGAGAAGCGCGCGACGAGUUUUGAAUACGGGCGCUAUGGAAACCCAACUACCGUGGUUCUUGAGGAAAAGAUUAGUGCUCUUGAAGGAGCGGAAUCUACACUGUUGCUAGCUUCCGGAAUGUGUGCUAGCACGGUCUUGUUGAUGGCUUUGGUUCCAGCUGGUGGGCAUAUUGUGACAACAACAGACUGCUACAGGAAGACUCGGAUAUUUAUUGAGACCAUCCUUCCCAAAAUGGGGAUCACGGCAACAAUUAUUGACCCUGCUGAUGUUGGAGCACUAGAAACUGCACUGAAUGAGAAUAAAGUUUCUCUUUUCUUCACAGAAUCUCCUACAAACCCUUUCCUAAGGUGUGUGGACAUUAAGUUGGUUUCAGAUCUUUGCCAUAGCAAAGGGGCAGUAGUCUGUAUAGAUGGCACUUUUGCCACACCUAUGAAUCAGAAGGCCCUUGCUCUUGGGGCUGAUCUUGUUGUGCACUCUGCAACAAAAUAUCUUGCUGGCCACAAUGAUGUCCUUGCUGGUUGCAUUAGCGGUUCAAUGAAAUUGGUUUCCGAAAUUCGUAUAUUGCAUCAUAUUUUGGGUGGUGCUCUUAACCCGAAUGCUGCAUACCUGAUCAUUCGAGGCAUGAAGACUUUGCAUAUUCGUAUACAGCAACAGAAUUCUACUGCAUUGAGGAUGGCCAAAAUUUUAGAGGCGCAUCCUAAGGUGGCGCACGUCUAUUAUCCUGGUUUGCCAAGUCAUCCUGAACAUGAGCUUGCCAAGAGGCAGAUGACUGGUUUCGGUGGUGUUGUCAGUUUUGAGAUUGAUGGAGACUUGAAGAGAACAAUUAAGUUCAUUGAUGCCCUGAAAAUACCAUAUAUUGCCCCCUCCUUUGGUGGUUGUGAGAGCAUCGUGGAUCAGCCAGCCAUAAUGUCUUAUUGGGAUCUCAGCCAGUCAGAUAGGCUCAAGUACGGAAUCAAGGAUAACCUGGUCCGUUUCAGCUUCGGUAUCGAAGACUUCAAUGAUCUUAAGGCUGACAUUCUGCAGGCCCUGGAGAAAAUAUAGAGCAAACCGGCCACCUAAGAUGCGGAUUCCUGUUUAAUUUUUUUUUACCUGUUCUUUUGGUGUUUCAAUUGAUGUUUGAUCACCAAAAACGGUCGUUAUCGAUUCCAUUAGGACCCAAAACCUGUCGAAUUUCUUUUGUAAUCUGCUCUUAACAAUUCCAUAUCAUUAUCACUAUGCUGCUUUCGUUUA